AUGCCGCAAACAGCGAUGCUCGCUAACAGAGGAGUUGAGCAUCUAAAUACUGCUGUGGGUACAGCUAAGGUAACCUUCACCUUUGAUAAUGAAAUAGAAUUGGAUUUGUUACUUAAAGAAGAGUUGGUUAGCUUAAAAGACUUGCAAGGUAUGGAUGUUGGCGCUUGUCAUCACUUACUUGAAUAUUGGGACUGCCAUGCAAUUUACCAUCAAGAAUGCCAUCAGCCUUCUGUUACUCAACAGGAAGCAGAUAAUUCACCAAGGUACUCGAGUAACAAGAGUGAUAGCAGAAAUAUAGGUGAAAUAGUGGAUACAAAUCAUGUUCAUCAAGUCCUUUUAAAUCUGGUUUUAUAUAGUAGCAGUAGUAGUAAUCAUCUUAAUCAUCAAGUAAAACUUCAAAGUACUUCAAAGCAUAUACAAAUUACUACAAACAUCUCAAUUGUAAGUGCUUAUAAACGACCUCAGAAUAUGACGAAAAAGGUUGCAAAGUCGCAGGUGAAGAAAAAAAUCACCGCAAUGAACAAAUUCAUACUAUCAUAUGUGUGAUCAUUUACCGUGCAUUUCCGUCAUAAGGCGCGUUACUAUUACUACUUAAUUAUGACGCAUCAUAAAUUCUACCGAAUUACGAGUAUAAUAUAAAAAUACUGCAAACAUAUAUGCUUGAGGUAUCAACCUUACUGUUCACUAGUUGGUGAGUUUUUGUCCAGACAGGUAAAAUAUAGGUAUUUGUUGCCCUGGGCAGGCAUGCAAACACCUUUUAUACCAGGUAUGUUUAGCCCUACAUAUUCGAAAUAAUUCGUGCAUGCCAGUUGUUGGCAAGUUGGCGCACAAAAGCCGACCGGCGUCAUCAACACCGGAAACACGGAAUACCUCUUCUCGUCGCCGGCGUCUACUUUCACCGUUCUUUAUCUAUGCCCCAUUCUGUUUAUUUGCUCAUCCUGAAACGCGCGUUACACGUCACAUUCCGCCCGCGUGCACACGCAUCAUGGCCACCAGCAACCAGUACAAACCAAAAGCAGAACGACCGAAUGAAGAAGAAGAAUAUGAACUACAAGCGUAAACUCGACAGAAAG